AUGGCUCUUGACAUGGCCUAUGCUAAGCCCUCUAACGUUCAUCAACUGAAGGACCAGCUUAGGAGUUGCAACUGCACAAAGAUGAACAUCAAGCUUACGAUCUUGGCCGCCGAGCCUUUCCACGGCGCGGACGAAGCAGUGGUGGAGCUCUGGCGUCCAGCGGAGGCGGGGAUUCUUGGAACGAACAUAGGGGCGCACUGA